UUGUAUACAUAACAGCACGACGUCGCAUCGAAGAAUCGGAUCUUUCACUUUUUGGUGUUUUUGAAGUGUAUUUGUUGGAAAGACGGUGAGAACUGUGUAGAACAAUCUCGAAUCCGGCGAAGGGAAAUGGAGAGGAACACGCCGGUGAGGAAACCUCACACUUCCACGGCAGAUCUGUUGACCUGGUCGGAAAAUCCUGCUGCUGAUUCGCCUGCUACUGGCUCUGCUGCAUCAGCUGCGCGCUCAUCUGCUCGUUCUCACCAGCCUUCAGAUGGGAUCAGUAAGGUUGUGUUUGGAGGUCAGGUUACAGAUGAAGAAGUCGAGAGCUUGAACAAAAGGAAACCUGUUUCAGGAUAUAAGUUAAAGGAGAUCACUGGCAGUGGCAUAUUUGCAGCUGGUGCAGAGAAUCAUGUAGAAGAAGCAGAUGCUGCAAACCCUACCCCAACUAGUAAAACUGGAUUACGAAUGUAUCAGCAAACGGUUGCUGGGAUCAGUCACAUUUCAUUUGGUGAAGAAGAAACGGUGUCUCCUAAGAAGGCACUUUCUGAAGCUAAGCAGAGGGAGCUAAGUGGUACAUUGGAUAGUGAAUCUGAAGCAAGAUUGAAGAAGCAGAUUUCAGAUGCAAAGAACAAGGAGCUCAGUGGACAUAAUAUAUUCGCCCCACCUCCUGAAAUUCAGCCUCGCCCAUUGGCUGCACGUGCAUUGGCGUUGAGAGAAAGCAUAAGCAUCGGUGAAUCUUCUCCACAUAAUACAAAUGCUGAAGAACCCGUGAAGACAGCGAAGAAGAUCCCAAGCCAGAAGUUCACGGAGCUUUCUGGAAACAAUAUAUUCAAAGGAGACGAGGCUGCAGCAAUGGCAGAAAAACCAUUGAGCUCAGCAAAGCUUCGAGAAAUGAGUGGAAGCAACAUCUUUGCUGAUGGAAAAGCAGAAUCUAGAGACUAUCUAGGUGGAGUUCGCAAGCCCCCUGGUGGUGAGAGUAGCAUUGCGUUGGUUUAGAUCUCUAACUCUGAUUUUAUUUUAAACAUCAUUAUUUCUGGUUUCAAAUCUGGUGCUAAUGACGACGACUGUGGGUUGUGGAUCUCUUUUAUCAUUUGGUUUUUAGGGUAUAUGAUAGUUUUAUGGACCAAAGAUGUGGACUUUUGGCUCUGAUUAGGUGGCUUAUGUUCAUAAUUAUGUGUUUGUUUUCUCCUAAUGAAACUGCUUUUCAGUUUUCUUGGGUGUUUGACAAGAGACUGAGGUUGCCUUCUCUUUCGUGCUUGUGUUUAGCUUUGGUCUCGAGUUGCCUUUUGUUUGUGUUUUUGCUUCUUUUGAGGUUCUUUGCUCUGUUUUUGUUGUCAGUUGGUCUUGAUUUCUGCGUCUUGUAGAAAGCGUGGUUGUUCCUCUUUGUACAUUUUCAUUCCUUUCGGUUUCAAAAA